AUGAAGUCCGAUUCUACUCAACCUCAACAACUCAUCACAUUAAACCUUUUACACCUUCAAGAUGAAAUUUUGACGCUUAUUAUCGAGUAUUGUGUCCUUGACGAUAACAACAACAAUAGUAAUAAUUACGACGACGAAGACGAAGACGAUGUUGGUGAUAACAACUAUAACAUCAACAAACCUCAUGUUCUACUUUCAAAUUUAUCAAAAACUUGCCAUAGAUUUUAUAAUCUUGCGAAAGAUAAUUUAUUAUGGAAAAUUGUUUUUGAGCAAAGAUUUGAUUCUUUGGGAUUAAAAAGAAGAUAUCAAAGAAAACAACUUUUAAAUAGUGAUAUUAAUAGUCAUUGGAAAACUUGGUACAAAAAUCGUAGUGUGUGGCUAAAAGACAUUAUUAAUAAUAACGAGGAUCAACCUGAUUUGUUAAAAUUAAAGAGAAUUCAAAAAAUUUGUUCAGAAAAUGAUGGAAAAAAUACAAGUCAGCUUGAAUUAGCAAGAGUGGUUGACUAUGUUAUAAGAUUGAUUGCUAUUAAUGGAACAAAUUUGGCUGGACUAAAUGAAAGAUCUGCUACAAAUGCAACCAACUAUCAAGCUGAAAGAGAGAAUGGCAUAAAUAUUGAAGGAGGAUUAACUAGAUUAGAAGUGGGAGCAGAAAUGGAAAGGGGAAAAGGUGGUGUCAAUGAUGGUGUUAACGAUUAUGAAGGUGGUGAUAAUGAAGGGAGAGAAGAUAAUGAUAAGGAAGAUGAUAUUGUUGAUGUUAUGAAUUUUAUUGACAACAUUUUUAAUGGUGAUGUUGAUGAUGUUAAUCUUUUUUAUAAAUAUAAUAAAUAUAAUCAUAAUAUAUCAAAAUUUGCACUUUAUAUUCUUUCAAUGAUGUUGUCAUGGGAUCCAAAUAUUGCUACUAAAAUAAGAUAUUAUAAGAACGAUGAAGGUUUAAAUCUUUGGAAAAUCAUUACUUCAUCAGUGAAUAAAGAUAUAAGUUUUGAAAUUAAUGAAAAUUUAAAUAUCUUUUAUCCACCACGUGGCCGUAUUUUGAACUAUAGUUUGGAGAAGGCGUUGAAAACACAUAUUUAUUUCCGUACAAAACUUCUCACGACUGAUCUUUCAACACUAAUAUAUGAUUAUGUCGAACCACCAAAAAUUAGACCAAAUAGUAAAUUAUUUGAUGGUCUGUAUGAAUUAAAUGGAGAAGGAGUCAAAAAUUUUUUUCCUUACGAUAAAGUUAAAAAUGAAAUAAUUCAUAAACAGGAACAAGAACAAAUAAUUGUAAUUCAUUUCAAUGGUCGUGGUACUGAUUAUAUCGGAGAAUUUAUUAUUUAUGAUGGAAAAAUCACAUCGAGAGCAAAAUUGAGCUUUCACAAAAAAUAUAUCAAUACAAAUCAAAAUCCAUGGAUAUAUGAUGGAGUAUUAACACAAAUAGGAAUGUUAGGUGAUUGGGGAGAACAUAAUUAUGUGGGUGAAUUAAUUAACAAACUCAACAUCUCAAUGCCACUCACUGGCUGGAAGAGGUUUGCAAAACAAAGUUGUCAAAAUUGA